AGGCGGAACAACGGGCUGGCUCGCAGAGGCGGCGCAGGGAAGGGCAAUGGCGGCGGCGCUGCUGUGCGGGGCGCUGCUGCCCUUGACCUCGGCGGCCAGCAGGCAAGUUCCUCCACUGAGUGCAGUCGCAGUGAGGCUUGCAUCAAAGAAAGCUUCAGGCAGCUCUAAAAAUCACGGUGGGAAAAGUCCUGGAAAACGUUAUGGCUUCAAAAAAUUAGAUGGACAAUUUGUCCAUGCUGGCAACAUACUGGCAACACAGCGGCUGAUUCGUUGGCAUCCAGGGGCUCAUGUAGGGAUGGGCCGCAACAAGUGGCUGUAUGCACUUGAAGAUGGGAUUGUGCGAUACACCAAGGAAGUCUAUGUGCCGACCCCCCGAUGCAAGGAGAGCAGAGAGGUGAUCGCUCACCUGCCCAGAGGAGCUGUGCUAUAUAAAACAUUCAUCAAUGUUGUUCCCACGACGGAGGUGGGGAGCUUCAAGUUGGUUGAUAUGCUCUGAGGCUUUUAGUGCCUCCCAGGAUGAUGACAAGGAACUGCCCAGACAGACUUAAGCCCUGACCCAAACAAGGGUGCUGUACUUUUGCUUGAUUUUUGUCUAGAUACUGGCUUCUGGCUGACAUUUGGAAGUUGAACAUGCAUGGAGCGCACACCAUCUCACAGCGAUAAACUUCUGGAGCACUUCUAAUGCACUGCCAGUUGAAUAAAGAUUGUCUGAUUUGGUUUUCCAAAA